AUGGAUAAGCGGUCCGAGCGGAUGCUGGAGGAUAUCCUGAAGAUGCCCGGAAAUGACCGCUGUGCAGACUGUCGAGCCAACGCACCAAGAUGGGCCUCCGUCAACCUCGGGAUCUUCCUCUGCGUUCCAUGCGCAUCGGUCCACCGUAAACUCGGCACGCACAAGUCCAGAGUAAAAUCUGUCACUCUCGACACCUGGACCCGCGAACAACUCACGGGUAUGCGUCAAAUGGGCAAUACCGCCUCCAACCUCAUCUGGAAUCCCGACGAACGGCGUAAUCCCCCUCCUACCUCCCAAUCCGGCUCAGACGACCGGGACGGCGAGCUCGAAAAGUUCAUUCGGCGGAAAUAUGAGCAAGGGGCGUUCAAGGCGGGCGUGAAUACUGCGGGGCUGGCGGCGCCGACGAGUAUGAACCGGGCGAGGGCGGCAGGGGCAGCCGGAGCGGGUGCUGGGGUGCGGAGCGGGAUGGUCCGGUCCACGUCGUGGAAGGAUCCGAAUCCGCGCAAUCCGGAGCUCAGCGAUGUGCUCAUCGGCAAAGAGAAGGAUCUUCCUCGGCUGCCCCAACCAGCGCCGAUGGCUGUGCCUGCCCAGAACGCGGGUCCCAGCCAGCCUCCCCGACAGCGACCGGUACCGAGCAGGGGCAAUACACCGCAGCCAACGGGCACAAGCGGGACGGGGAGCCUCAUCGAUAUGAGCGAGGGAACGAGCGCGACGAUGCCCCUGCAGAUGACGGGGUAUGGAGGGGCGGGGCAGAUGGGUCAAGGAGGACAGAUGGGGACAGGCGGGCAGAGCUGGGGAAACCAACCAACAUUCGCUGGUUCUUCGUCACCGUUUCAGCAACCGCAAUAUCAGCAAUACCCACAACAAGCCUUUUCAGCUCCUCAACAAUACCCCGCAUACUCGCAGUACCCACUACAGUCUACCAACCCCUUCGGCUCUUCCUACAUCUCUCAACAAUCGGCGUUCCCCGCGCAAAUGCAGCAACAGACGUACCAGCAGCAGUCGUUCCUCCCUGUGCCCCAGCAGCAACAGCAGUAUGGCGGGAUGGGCACAUCCCCAGGCGGCAUGGGGAUGAGCUACGGUGGGCAGCAAGGCUCUAGUCCUGGGCGGGGCGCGUUCCAAGGGGGUGGCAGCUGGCAGGGAGGGAUGGCGAUGAACGGGGGUAUGGUGUACGGACAAGGAAUGAGAUGA